GAUAUGGAUGUUGUGUCAUCAAACUUGCUAAAAGACUGUUGUAGAAAGACAGUUUUAGUCACUUCUUUCAAGUUAAAUCCCUUUUCUGAGACUAAUUUGUGACAACUGUAAUGUCCAGUGCUGUCCACUCAACAAAUGGCAGGAAACCAGAUUGGAUCCUUCAUUUUCAUCAGUUCUUUAUUGCUACAUACUCAACUAGCUGAUGUUCAGUAUUCUGCUGUGAUGCCGCACACAGUAACAGCUCUGACAGGCUCUUGUGUGCAGAUUCCCUGUACAUUCAACACCUCCGAUUUUGAAGACAAACUUAAAAAGACAGUUAAGUCUUUUUAUGGCCUCUGGCUAAAAAAGAUACCGCAGUAUGGAAACACAGACAGUUUUAUAGCUUUUAAUAGCAGUAACAACAUCAUUAGAGGAUUCAGUGACAUACAGAUAACUGGAAAUCUCAGUGAGAGGAACUGCACCACUGUCUUCUACAACAUCAUGAUGAACCACUCAGAUAAUUACUACUUCAGACUGGAAACAAAGCCAGAGGUGUUUAAAGCAACAUUUAACAAUCAACCUGUGAGGAUCAGUGUCAGAGAUUUUCCACAACAACCUGAACUUAAACCCAAUAAUCUACCGUAUGUGAUGGAGGAAAGUACAGUAAAUCUAAAUUGCUCUGCUGAAGCCCCCUGCCCAAAACAACCUCCUAAUGUGUCCUGGUCUAACAUCCCUGAAUCUGCCAGCAUUACAACACAGUUACUGGAGAAACCUGAUAAAACCCAGUCAGUGUUUUCACUCAUGACCUUCAAAGCUUCAUACAGAGAUCACAAAAAGAACAUCUACUGCACUGUUACAUAUACAAGAGAAACUGCUAAUGACUCAACUGUGGAAACCAACGUGACGCUACUAGUCCUGUUUCCUCCAAAAGAAACUCAUAUCACCAUCAGUCCAUCUGCUUCAGUUUCUGUUGGCACUAAUGUGACUUUGACCUGCAAAAGCAAAGGCAGUCCAUCAAAUAAUAUGACCUACACCUGGUACAAACUGGGAAAAGACACGGCAAUUGCUCGAGAAAAGAAGAUUACUUUCACUGUUUCUCAGAAUGAUACAGGAUUCUACUUGUGCACUGCACAAAAUAAACAUGGAAACCAGUCAUCCAGACCAAAAAACAUACAGCUUACAUCUGAAGAAUCCUCUCGUCUUGUCAUUUAUGGCUGUACAAAAGGGAUUUUCACUUUAAUUCUGUUGUCUGCAGUAUGUUUUUACUAUUUGAGAAUAAAGACAUCAGGUCAAGCCCAUGAUACAGGAAGUAAUCAGGCUAUGGAUAAAAACAGCGAUGCUGUGGCUAUUUAUGCUAACAAUGGCUUUGUGAUCAGUGAGAAAAAUGAGAAAGAAACUGCUGAUCUUCAUUAUGGAGAAAUUGACUUUUCCAAACUCCAGACGAGUCACGCAACAAGAGAAUUUUUAAGUAAUGAACCACCAACAGAGUAUGCCGAGCUUCAGGUGACAGAGAAAAAGACAAAAAUCAACAAAUGAACACACAUUUUGCUCUUUGUUAUUUUGUGCAGGGUUUGAUGAAUCUUUUCAGCCAUAAACAAUUGUCAAUUUCUUGUGAAUGUCAACCACUGUGAUGAGUGGUAUUGUGCAGUGAUGAGUCCAGUGAU